UCAGAACGGCUCUUGCCCGCUCACAAUCCCUCGCUCAAAAUUCAAGCGUUACAUUUUCUCUCUUUUGCUAAUUUUACUCCAUUGAUUCCCUGAUAUAAUCUAAUAAUCAAAUUUAAUUUCUUCGAUCGUCUGCAAUUGGAUCUCCGAUCUCCGAUCAUCAAUCAUCCAUUUCGGUACACAGCCACGACAGUUAAUUUCUAAAAAUUUCACGAAGGCUUCUUGCUGCAGAAUAUCGCUGGCUUCAUGUCAAAUCAUUAUAGUGAGCACUUUACGCGCAUGGAAGCAACUUGCGGGUCAUUACUGUGUGAACUACAGGGAUUAUGGAAAGAAGUUGGGGAGACUGAUGGCCAAUGGGAGACGACACUUUUGGAAAUUGAACAAGAAUGCCUCAAGGUUUAUAUGAAAAAAAUACAAGAGGCCAAAGAAUGCAGAACUAAAUUGCAACGAGAUAUUGCCACUGCCAUGGCAGAACUUUCAGAUAUCUUUACUUCUAUGGGAGAGAGCUCGGUGCAGCGUGAUUUGAAGCCUGGUGGGAACUUGAAGGAAGAACUUGAAGCCAUUAUUCCGCUGUUGGAGGAUAUGCGUAGGAAGAAAGUGGAAAGAAUUAAUCAAUUUGUUGGAGUUGUGGAGCAAAUACAAAAGCUAUCUAAUGAUAUUUUGGGGGUUAAAGAACAAAAUGGAAAUAAGGUGUUUGUUGACGAGACCAAUCUGUCUCUAAGAAGACUUGAAGAAUUGCAUAGUGAACUGCAUGAACUUCAACAUGAGAAGAUCAAUCGUUUGAAUCAGGUGCAGGGCCACCUAGAUACUAUAAACUCACUUUGCACAGUUCUUGGUAUGAAUUUCAAACAAACAAUUUGUAGAGUCCACCCUGCCUUGGAUGAUUUGAAUGGUGCAAAAGAUGUAAGUAACAGUACAAUUGCAAGGUUGGCUGCUCAAAUUCAAAGCCUGCAGGAGCUAAAGUUAAAGAGAAUGCAGAAGAUUCAAGAUCUUGCAUCUGCUUUGUUGGAGUUUUGGCAUUUGAUGGAUACGCCAGUGGAGGAACAACAAAUGUUUCUGAACGUUACCUGCAAAAUUACAGCUUCUGAACCUGAAUUUACUGAGCCCGAUUUUCUCUCUGUUGACUCUAUAGAAAAGGUUGAGGAUGAAGUGUCUAGGCUGGAGCAACUCAAAACGAGUAGAAUGAAGGAAAUUGUUCUGAAAAAGAAGGUUGAAUUAGAGGAUAUGUGCAGAAGGACUCACAUGGUGAUGGAAGCACUUAUUUCAACAGAUUAUUCAAUUGAAGCUAUGGAGUCUGGUGCCAUUGAUCCUCUGUACCUGCUGGAACAAUUUGACCUUCAGAUUUCUAAGGUUAGAGAGGAAGCUGUUAGCCGCAAAGAAAUACUUGAGAAGGUGGAAAAGUGGUUGGCUGCAUGCGAAGAAGAGAGCUGGUUGGAAGAGUACAAUAGGGAUGACAACCGUUAUAAUGCUGGAAGAGGAGCGCACCUCAUUCUGAAACAGGCAGAGAAAGCUCGAACUGUAGUUAACAAAAUUCCUGCUCUGGUGGAGGCUUUGGCUUUAAAAACUACAGCUUGGGAGAAAGAAAGAGGAGCUGAGUUCUUGUAUGAUGGAGGACGACUUCUUACUAUACUCGAGGACUACAGCAGCCUAAGGCAAGAAAAAGAAACACAGAGGCAGAGGCAGCGAAACCAGAAGAAACUUCACGGCCAGCUGAUAGCAGAGCAAGAAGCACUUUAUGGUUCAAAACCCAGCCCAACCAUGACCGCAAAAAAGGCUAGUAGAACUCCAACAACCGCCGCCAGUAAUAGGAAACUGUCCUUUGGUGGAGCAAUGCUUCAGCAAGUAAAGCCUGAGAAACCUACUAGCCGUUUCCACCCCAAUAAGAAAGCAGACUCUUCGAAUGAAAACAGCUUCGCAAAUCACCACCGGUCUAGCGGCUUUACAAGUCACUCAGGUAGGAGAAGCUCGGAGGUCUCUGGUCGUGUAGUAAAAAAGCAACCCCUAAGUGCAGCAAAGAUGCGUGAGAUGGAGUCACCAGCAGCUCGAAAACCUCUUUCUUCAGUUUCUAACGUUGUGAAUCCCAUAGUAGAGCAGGAAAAAGUGCAGAAGGGACAAAGGUUAAGUCCUGGUUGUAAGACACCAAUGGCCAAAGCUUCCAAGCCAACUGUGAAUGGUGAAGAUCAAAACAGAACCCCUAAAGCAAUGCCAAACCCAGUGCCGACAACUCCUUCAACCGUAUCAGCUCCUAUGCUUAUGGCAAUAACACCAGCUACUCCAGCAACCUUGGGUGCUUAUAAGUUUGAAAAGAUACUGGAUCAAGUCCAACAAAUUGAAUACUCUUUUGAAGAGGUCAGGGCUGGGUUUUUUAUGUCUUAAAGCACCCCUGUCCACCAUAUUGGUUUAUUCCUUCCUAACUAGUCUCUUUGAGUUUCUUUAUACAGUAAAAAGAAAAACAGAGUGGUUACAAAGUCAAAUUGGGUUGGCUUUUUUGUUUUUCAGUGUGAUUGUAACUUGUAACUAAGUCUAUGAAUAUCCGAGUACGGACUUUGUGUCAAAAUACAGUUGACUGAAAGAGUGUUGAAUUUUUUAAUCAUGCUUAUAAACUAAGAUUGAUGGUGCUUGCAAUUCGGUAAA